CUCGGGCCAUGUGCACCGCGGAGAACGCUUGUUCCACUCGCUGCCAUGUCGCUCUUCCUGCUGCUGUCGCUCUUCCCGCACUGUCUGCUAGAGACCAACGCCGUUCGAGUCAACAACGGCGGAACUUUUUUCCUUGGGUAUCGCUCUGCCAUCGCUGUGCCCCACGCUGCGCCCGUCUACACUGCGGCGCCCAGUGCGAGCUCUGAACAGUCCCCAACACAACGCAAGGGCACCAAGCCAGAAGCCAGCGGCGCAGCGCCACCCAAGACGAAGCUCCCGUCAGCCAUCCCUUCCGCUAAUGAACAAGCUGAGAAUGCAAACGCUGCAAAGCAACCAGCGCGCAGCCAGACCCAGGCAGGUGCCAGCAAGACAAAAGCGACUGCCUCCACAACCACAGACAAGAUAAUACCAGCGAGUCGCGUUGCAAAGGAUUGGGCGGAACAGCUUGACUUUGGAGAACCAAGAGAAUUUGCGCCGUUCUGGCACGGGCUGCCGUCGAACGGUCCGGACAUGUACGGGACGGUGUACCAGCCGAAUGAGCCUGUGAGCAACUACUCUGCGUACUCUGAAGAAGAGGUCGUUCCGGCCAUCCUUGCCCAACGGACAAAGAUGGACUUGGACUUUGAGCCCAGCAUUUGGACUGUGCCACACCAGCUGACGCUUGGCCGGCCGUACACAAUCCGCGUUGCCUUGCACAAUCUGGCGUCGGAUGCCGGACUGGCGGUCGCCCACGCGGCCGUCGGGUCUGAGAUAACGGUGCACUUUGCCCCUACGUCGGUUCGCCCUCACGGCCGCACGAUUGCCUCCAUCACGUUGCAUCCUUCGCGACCUGGCGAAAAUCUAGUUCGCAUCAUCCAGAUCGACACGUCGAGGGGCACGGCGCAGUAUCGAAUUGUCAUACCGUCCAUUAUCAACCCGUUCUAUCUCCCAUGCCUGACUCAACUCAGCCUGCCGGCUGGCCUCCGGAUAACAUCCAUGCUCGGCUUGCGCAACCCGUAUGCCGAGAACAUGUCUGUGCUUGAUGCCCAUAUCGUGGGCGCGCCUCAAGGCGAAGUUCUUGUGCCGAUGAGUGAGGACUGGUUUCGCGUCACGCAGUUGUGGGACUUGCAGCCAGAGCACUACCGUCCCGUGUUGCACUUUUCAUUCCAGUCCCCCCACGUCGGACUGCACUCUGGCGUGGUUAUGAUCAAGACGGGCCACGGGACGCUCUUCUUGCCGUUUGACGUGACCGUCUCCUCGUGGGGCGUUUUUGCACGCCCGGUGCUUCUUAAUUUUGGUGUCUUCCCAGCCGACGGCAAGCCGCGCUCCAUGCCGCUGCGCUUGCUCAAUACCGGUCUUUUGCACGUGACUGUGCGCGGCUUUGAUCAGGAGUCGAUCUCACCUGCCGGGGACGAUACAAAUCGCAUCAGCUUUGUCGACGGCAAAGACGUUGAGGUUGGCCCCGGAUUUACCAAAUUCACGCCUGCAGUGGAGCUUCUCUUCUCCUCACAGACGGUCGGGUUGCACCAGGGCUGGAUAACGGUGCACACAGACUCUGGAGGCCAGCAAUUUGCCAUUCCACCCAUUCCUUAUCGCGCAGUGGUUUUGAACGGCCAGUUCGGAGCGCCAGUGAAUGAUUGUGUGUUUAUCUUGGAAGACGCGCCAAUCACUCGCGAGAUUUCCUUGCACAACACGUUCGAUAUGCCCGUUCUUGUGAUGGAUGUGAGCAUCCAGGAAAAUCGGCACUUUCAAAUUCUGCAGUUCAAGCCAACUGUGGUCCCACCCAACGCCACCGUGCCCGUUUUGACUGUCUUCUUUUCACCUUCGUUCGACGACGGGGUCAACCCCGCUACUGUCACUUUUAUCCAGUCCUUGUUUUUGCUGACAAACGUCUCCGAGUUCUCGCUGGAGCUUGUGGCCUACACGGGUGUGCUGACUGCUUGCCCAAUUGCGGCCGACCUCCCGCCAUACCUCUCCGAGAUAGAAUCUGGGACGAUAGAGGCUCGGUCGCAUUCGGAAGUUUCUCUUGUUGCGCUUGACCUUGAGCCGCCCUCCGCGCUCCCCUCCAUGCAAAAAUGGCCGUCGUUCAAAUCGUGGUUUGAGCUCAAUCGAAGAAUGUUGGCCCAGCAGCGUAGUCUAUCGCGCGAUCCGUGUGAGGGCACCACUGACUUCCCUGUGUGCAUUUCCCCCGUGAACAAGCCCGGCUCGCAACUUCGUUCACCUGCGUGCGGCCUUGAUGGUCUGGGCUUUGACCUGAACGAGUUGGCAGUGCGGUUUGGGACUGUCAAUGUCGGGCAGACCCUCGAGCUGAGUUUCAACCUGUACAAUCCAACCCCAACGCGCAUGGUGAUUGUCGAGAUUGUUGUUGAAGUGCCCUAUCUCAGUGUUGGCCUGUCGGGCGAUGUGACCUUCUCGCCAGACUUUCUGCCAUCCGAGCGAGAGGUGCUUGUUGACAUGGCGGCUAUUAUCGAGCCGAACGGUCGUGCCCAGAUGUCUGUCAAAUUUACCGUGACGGAAGCAGCGGCUCUGCAUCAGCAAGCGUUCGCUGCCCUCGAACGGCAAAAGAGCCCGCGAAAUCGCAAGAGCUUUUCGACCCCCAUCCAACUCCUCACGUUCGAUCACCUGUACAAGAUCCCCGUGUUUUUCAAGGUUGCUCGAGGCAGUCUGGCGGUCAUGGAUACCAAUCUUGAGUUUGUCGUCUCGUGCCCAGGCAUGAGUGCGCACAAGCCGCUUUGGGUGCACAACUCUGCGCGCUCUCUGCAAAUCACUCGUGUCGAGUCUGCCGAUCCGCGCGUCUUCUUUGCGCCGCUGGACGCGGUGCAUCCCGAGAAUUUGAACGUCGAGUCCAGCGUGCAUCACCCUUCCACACCCAUCCAGGUCCCCAAGGGGUCGUCCAACUCGCCGCACAAGGAUGGUGCGCAACAAAUUGGCAGCAUUGUCGUGAAAGCAGAUCAACUUCCCUGUUGCUGUAUGCAGGGUGGCCAGGACAUUGCUCAGGACGAUACCAUCUGUCGAUUACCGGCUUCCGCGUACGACCGAGCGCCUCUCGCCGACGGCGUGCGUGCCAUGCGCGAAAUGCUCAUCCAGACAUGGAAGGUGGAGUCUGCCUUCCCAAAGUACCUUUCCCAGCUGCUUGGAUUCUCCAAGGACUCAGUCGGCCCCAAUGCCGCUCGUCCACUUUCUCAGAGCGAAUUCGCAAAGCGCUUCGUCGACGCUGCAGCCGACGGCCGAUCCCCGUUCGUCAAGCGGUGGCUGCCGUUGCAUCCUAUGCCUCCGCUGCAUGUGAAUGGCACCUUUGGCACAUGUCGACAUGUAAAUGCGACAUUCGGCGAUCGCAUCACCCUUGGUCUUUCCUCGAAACCGCUGUCUGAGCUCGAAGUUCGCGAAUUUCUGAGCAUGGCAGCGCUGCCUGCUGUGGAGCAGUUUGUGGUUCCAGUCAUUGUGCACUCUGAUCUGUUUGCAACGGGCGCUGUGGGCCAUGUUCGGGUGACUGUUGUUCCGCCAACCAUUAUUCCCCCUUCGUACACGGACUACGGGGCCGCCAUUGAGGAGUACCGCUAUGCGCAGCUCUAUCGCUGGCUCGCUCACGACAUGCGAUUUGGCGCGCUGCUAUCAAAGCUCAAUGCCAACCGCACGCGCGCCAUUCGGGAACUUGAGCUGGAGUCGCGACUUCCGUGUCCGCUCUGCCAUCACUCACUGACCUCCAUGUUCCUAGAGACGGCUCGCGCACCCAACUCCGUUCUGCGAGACUUUGCGGGGCUCAUGUAUGAGGCAUUGCAGGAUUUCAACGUAACGACCGACUAUUCCAACCCGGAAGACCUCUUCGGCGAGCUUGUUUCCUCCCGCAUCGAUCGAAUGACUUCCACGCCCGUGGCCCCUGCGACUGCCACUGUUGGUGCUGGUGCUGGUGCUGGUGCUGGUGCUGGUGCUGGUGCUGGUGCAGGCCGCAAUUCUUUUUCGAGCUCGGCGACGCAAGGCGUGUUCAGUGCCUUCAUCCUGCCACCGAAGGUCCGAUCGCGACUCGCCAUGGGCGCUCGCUUGCACAUGCCACGAACACGCGUUGGUGAAACCUCGACGCACACUCUCACCUUGCGCAACCCGUCCUCGUCUCCCGUCUUUGUCACGCUGGUCGUUCCCCGCCAAGGUGGCACACAAAACAGCGCCCAGUCUGUUACGAAAGAAGCCGAGGCCUUGCUGAAUUCCUCCCUGCCAUUGUUGGGAUCGCACUACACCAGCGGCAACGAUGGCACGUUUGUCACGGGGGCGCGCUAUGGCGUUUCUGUGCUGCCCGCGAACGGCACAUUGCAAGUGCCCAUUCAGUUCAAACCGCGCUCGGUCGGGAACUUUUCCACCGUUCUACUCAUCCGCUCCUCUCUCGCGUUGCUCGAGACGCUUCUUAUUGAGGGAGAAGGCUCCUUGCCGAGCAUUGCCUUCUCGGUCAGUCAGUCCGUCCCCGCUCCAGACCACGACGCGGUGCCCUCUGGUCGAAAGCAGCUCCAGGCUGCAGCCCAUCUCGCGCCGACUCAGCACUCUGGGUCCACCAAGGUCAAGUCUUUGUUGCAUCAUCCACCGCACCACUCGUCAGCCACCCAAGCUGCGGGCGUGAGCAAGGGCAUGACUCGCAACCAACUUUUGGCCGUGCAUGCGGACGCGGCUGCAGACGGCCCCGCGGCCACUCUCUACCUGCGCUACUCGCCCGCUACCUCGGCCACGUGUCAAGUGGUGAAUAGUGAGCGUGACGAGCUGGAACCUCGCGAGGAUCAGACCUCCCUUCCUGAACAUUCGAGUCUCGGUCAUUUCGUUCCGCCCUCCCUCACCCAAAAGCUCACAAUCUCCAACCCCGGGAAUGAACGAGCUGUCGUGACCUCUCUCAUGCUUGUUCGAGGCGACGGGAAGCCGCUGGGCUGUUCUGUGAAGGGCUUUACCAUUUCUCCUUGCGUUCUGGCUGCCUCGCCGCUUGGUGCUGAUGAUGAUGACGUUGAUGAUGAUGAUGGCGGCUUGAGUUUUCUCAACCGUGAUGGAGAUUCAAAUCCGCACGAAGCGAAGCAGAGUACGGCCGAGCAGCAGCUGAACCUUGUGGGGCUUCCUGAGCCUUCGUCAAGCACCCUGUCCGUUGACCCUUCGGCAAGUUUCGAUGUGCUUAUCACGCACACGCUUCAAGAUUUCAGCACCUGCCAAACAGAUGUGCUUCUGGAGGUGAAGCUAGAUGAUCACCAAGUGUUCCGCGCCGCCAUCCUUGCCAUUGUGCCAGAAGAUUUGAGAGAGCAGUGCAUCAUUGCGAGUGGCGACCACCACCACCACGCUUCAGGCUUUGGACUCGCGCUUCAAGACUCGCUGGCCGAGCGGCUUGUGUUGGCUGUUCUUUUGCUUGUCGUUGCCGCAGGUCUUCUUUACGCAGGGCAUGAACAGUUUGCGCUUUUCCGCAGGCUGCAGAAUGGCAGCGGCACCAACUCGUCGUCCGCGGCAACCACUCCGGGUGACGUCGAUCGAAAGCACGGCAAGAAGAAAGUCGUCAAGCCAAGCCCCGUGGGCCCAGGAAAGCCAUACACUUCACGGCGGCGCCCCUCUGCCAGCUUGAAUCUUGUUUCGAUGAACGAACAGUCGAGUGAAGAUGAGGAGACCACGGAGGAAUAUCUUGAUCUCCUGCGCUGGUCCGAGUUGCGCGGCCCUGGAAACCACCGCAUGGAUGUCGGGUCGCCUUCUCCAGCAGGCUCCCACAAAGCGUCGCCGCAGCCCACACCCAAGCACUCCGCGCCAGCUUCGCGGCUGCCGUCGGUCGCUCCUUCGCGUGCCCCUUCACAGCCCGCUUCCAGGGCUCCGACCGCCCCCGCUUCCGCAGCCUCGUCGCUUCCGCCGUCCGCGCCGACCUCUGCGAGUGUUGCAGCGACCGUGUCCAGUUCAGACACACUCGUCCUGCCUUCUUCGCUCAAUUUGAGCAGCUAUUUGGCUCAGGUUGGGUCGGCAUUGGAGGCAGAGUUGAACGCGGCCGCUCCAGAACCGCUUGGACUGGAGGCGCUCGCCGCGAUGCCUGCAUCUGCUCGUCCGUCCAUGUCGACUUCUGGAGAUGUGACAUUGCAGGCGGCAACAGUGAGCCACGAGGAUGGCGAUGAUGAUUUCGGAGUGGCCGAUGCAGAUUCCGUCGUUCCACAACUCCGCUCUGCCCGUGUGUUGCUUUCUGAAAAUGACCUGGAUCUGUCAGUGUCCUCCAGUACCGCUGACCUGGAACCGGUCUCGGUUGUUUCCGAACCUGUGAUGACUUCCAUUUUUGCCGCUCCUGCUGCUGUUGCUGCGACGUUGGAUGACGCGCGUCUUCACACAGACUCGCCACUUGUUCCCCUCCCUAUGCUGUCCCCUGUGCCGGCAAAUCCGUUCAAAGCGACUGACCAGGUGCCGUCGACGCUCCUUGGCUCUCCGCUUGCCGGAUCUCCUCUCGUGACGGCAGCAACAGCGCACUUGAAUGUAUCACUGGCUGACCAAGACGCCGACCAAGGUGCUGACCAAGGCGCUGCACCGAAAGCAGCCGCUGGUGGGCGCCAGCGACGUCGCUCCAAGUCCGAUGCGCAGCUCAAGCACCUGUCCACGAUCCAGCCAAACUCGUCUGGAGAGCAGCAGACCGUUGCUUCCGUGUCGGUGUCUGCCGGCAAUUCUCCCGCAGCCGCUGCACGCGCUGCCACGCGUCAGCCUGGCACUUCUCAGCGUGGCUCCUCCCGCGUAUCCAUCGCCCCAGAGGCAUCGACGAUUGCUCCAGGAGCGAACAAAGCGUCUGGACGUAAGUCCCCGACAAUGCGCAAGUCGUCGUCCACGUCAGACGCGUCCGCGGCUGCCUUGGUAGCGGGCCGUGCUGCCGAACCCCCUUCUUCGACCGCACGUGCCUCACAGCCAGCCCUGUCGGGUGACUCGCCGCCCACGCGUUCAUCGCGCCACCGCAAGAAUCGAUCUGUUGAAUUGCUGGAAAGUCUGCCCUCCUCCUCCUCUUCCUCCUCCUCUGCAAGUGUCCCGAUGAGCCAUGUCGCUGCUCAUCGAUCAAGCAGCAUGGAUUCAGCCGAUGCAGCAACGGUUGGAAGUGCGCCUUCGUUAAUUCGUCGACCCGUGAGUCCUGGAACUGUGGGUGCGUCCUUGGCUUCCAAGCCCUCUUUCAGCAGCGCGUCGCGUUCUGCCGAAAAGGUGCAUGGCAAUCGGCACAGUGAUCCGCAGACCAGAUCCACCGACGUUGCAGCGUCUGGCAGAAUGUUUGAGCGCCAUUCAGACCCAGCGAGUCAGCCGCUGUUUGCUCCAGCCACCGGUCUGCUCUCUUCGUCCCCGCCCCCAAUUGCCAGCCGACUCGGUGCUGUUGGGAGUGUGUUUGGUGAGCCUGUGUCGCACUCUACGUCCGCCGAAAUGUACGCCAAUCCCGACACGAGCUCGUUCUUUUCCUUCUCGUUGCGGCCGCAACCACAGCACCAGCACCAGCACCAGCACCAACUGCCUCCAGCGGCGCCUGUGCCUCCGCCGCCUUCGUCCACGGCGGCGGCAGACCCGUGGUACAGCUCGUUCUCUUCGCUCUGGGGUCCUGCCGACGCGAGCAGCGUGCCGGCUUCAACUGCUCGCGAGCCCCGGAUGCGUGGUGGUGGCCCAUUGGGCGCCUCUCUCCCUCCUGCCAUGCGCCCAGACCCGACGCAUGACGUGCCGCACACCCCUCCUCCGCCUGGUUUUGCGCUCAUGCACCGCGGAAUGCACUCGCAUGACGUGGGCAACCUCAACUAUCGGCGCACGGACUUGUUCAAUGCGGCCCCUGCUCUCGCUGCUGCCCCUCCAAUUCCCACUGCGGCAGCCGGCACCGCGUCCAACCACACGCGCGGUGGCGUCUGGGCGUAUCCGUUGUUUGCACCCGAGUCGCUGUGGAGCGAUGCAGAAGCGUUGGCUCCCCCGACCCUCGUUUCUCCCGGACCGCUGGCCUCGUCCUUCUUUGUGAAUGGCUCUACGUGGAAUAAUUCGGUGAAUGGCGGCGGCAGCAGCAGCUCGGGCAUUGCAAGUGCGUCGUCGGGCUCUCAGAGUGCGCCCAACGGUUCGUCGCCGAUCGCUUCGCGCGCACUUCCUGCCAUUUCGCCGCAGCAGUCCGUUCGUCUUGCUCCUGUGCAGGCUCCCGGUCAGCCACCGUCGUGGAAUUCAGCCGACUCCAAUGGCAAUGGCCAAACUCUCCCGCCGCCGCCUGCUCCAACGACGGAGGAGCUUCUCGCCACGUUCCUUUCCAUUUCCAGUGCAGGAGCCGCAUCCACGCAACAACAUUCUAUGGAUCGACAAAAGCAACACGAGUAG